AUGACACUAAUCAAUUUGGCUUAAUUAAAAUUUUAGUACAUUUACUUUCGGUCCAACAAAAUUAUCUUCCAUCUUUCGGAUAAAAAUUUUUUGUAAUUUAAAUUUUGUAAAUGUUUAAAUUCUAAGUAAUAAUUUUAAACCAAUAAAAUUAAAAUGACAGACAACAAAACUGGUAACGACGAUGGGCAGGCGGACGACAAAGACAAGAGGGUCAAAAUACAGGUAGAAGGCGAAGAUGAAGGGGGGGAAGGGGAGACAACGAGAAAAAAAAUGAAAAGAUUUCAACUACCAGACCUUCCUCGAUGGUGGCAGGCAAUGAUUAUUCAAUAUGCCUUUACGCAUCCUCAUGUGCGAGCCCGACUUGAAAAGCAUAUGGGUUCGAAUUUGGUCCGUCUUACAGACAAGACUUACAUGACCCAACUUGAGGAAAGAAUACGUGCCGUCAAUGAAGAAAAUCUCAACAAGAGGAUCUCUUCUAGAGUUCUCGAUGAAAUGGAAAGACUGAAAAGAUUAAUACUGGUUGGCAAAACUCCUCUCAAAGAAUGUCCACCGGAAUUGUUCCAUCAUCCAGUGUUUGUGUUCUGGAGGAUGGUGAACAGGGAAGUCGCUAAAGCAUCGAAGAAAAGAGCGGAUGCGUACUACAGGAAGUUGAAGGCAUCGCAAAAGUUUGACCAGGCAAUUGAGGAGGAAGUGGAAGAUGAACCAGCUGAUGAAGAAGGGGAGCAACUAACACCCGAACAGCUCCUGGUGAAGUGCGCCAAAGAACUACAGGAACUUAAACAAGCGGACAUCGAUAAAGGUUUUAGAUUUACAGACGAACAAUUCGCCGUCCUCAAAUAUGAAACUAACGAAGUUAAAACAUUAAAAAGUCUAACCACCGUGGAGGAGCUUUACGCUUUAGCGGAUAAAAUCAUUGGAACGAAACGUUUAUAACCAUA